CCCGCCAGCUGUGAGGCGCUUGAGUGCGGCAAGCGCGGCCUGAGGCGAAGCGCCUCUGCUCUGGCCCUGUCCCCGGCUCCCUCAUCGCCGUCGCCAGCGGCGCGAACCCGAGAGCGUGGCGCGGGCUGGGCCAGCUGUUGAGUGGAAUGUCAUGGCCAGCUCCUCGGACAGUGAAGAUGACAGUUUCAUGGCCGUGGACCAAGAAGAAACUGUGCUGGAAGGGACAAUGGAGCAAGAUGAGGAGCCCCACCCAGUACUGGAGGUUGAAGAGACCAGACAUAAUAGGCCCAUGUCUGAGCUGCCAGAGGAGGUUUUGGAGUAUAUCCUGUCCUUUCUUUCACCAUACCAGGAACACAAAACUGCAGCCCUUGUCUGCAAACAGUGGUAUCGACUUAUCAAAGGUGUAGCCCACCAGUGUUAUCAUGGUUUCAUAAAGGCUGUCCAGGAAGGAAACAUUCAGUGGGAGAGUCGGACUUACCCUUAUCCUGGAACCCCGAUCACUCAACGGUUCUCACACAGUGCAUGCUAUUACGAUGCUAAUCAAUCUAUGUACGUGUUUGGAGGCUGUACCCAGAGCAGCUGCAAUGCUGCUUUUAAUGACCUCUGGAGACUUGACCUAAAUAGCAAAGAGUGGAUCCGACCUUUGGCUUCAGGGUCCUAUCCUUCCCCUAAAGCUGGGGCAACUCUGGUCGUGUACAAGGACCUGCUGGUGCUGUUUGGUGGCUGGACGCGGCCAAGCCCUUAUCCCCUACACCAACCAGAGAGAUUCUUUGAUGAAAUACAUACUUACUCACCCUCUAAAAACUGGUGGAACUGCAUUGUGACGACCCACGGGCCACCUCCCAUGGCUGGCCAUUCCUCCUGUGUGAUAGAUGAUAAAAUGAUUGUCUUUGGUGGCUCCUUAGGAUCCCGGCAAAUGAGCAACGAUGUCUGGGUCCUUGACCUCGAGCAGUGGGCGUGGUCCAAGCCGAACAUCUCCGGCCCCAGUCCUCAUCCUCGAGGUGGCCAAUCUCAGAUUGUCAUAGAUGAUGCAACUAUCUUAAUCCUUGGAGGGUGUGGCGGUCCCAACGCUCUCUUCAAGGAUGCUUGGUUGUUGCACAUGCAUUCAGGCCCCUGGGCCUGGCAGCCACUCAAGGUAGAAAAUGAAGAUCAUGGGGCUCCAGAACUGUGGUGCCAUCCAGCUUGCCGGGUGGGGCAGUGUGUGGUGGUCUUCAGUCAGGCUCCUAGCGGGAGAGCCCCACUCAGCCCAAGUUUGAACUCUCGCCCAUCACCUAUCAGCGCCACUCCUCCAGCCCUGGUUCCCGAAACCCGAGAGUACCGCUCUCAGUCUCCAGUAAGGAGUAUGGAUGAAGCUCCUUGUGUUAACGGCCGCUGGGGAACACUGAGGCCCAGAGCUCAAAGGCAGACCCCCUCAAGUUCCCGGGAAGGGAGCCUGUCCCCAGCCAGAGGAGAUGGCUCCCCCAUCCUCAAUGGUGGGAAUUUGUCUCCAGGAACAGCAGUGAUUGGUGGCUCUUCCUUGGACAGCCCUGUGCAGGCCGUGUCUCCUAGCACUCCAUCUACCACUGACGGAUAUGACCUCAAAAUGGGACUUUCUUUGGCCCCCCGACGAGGGUCACUACCAGAUCAGAAAGAUCUGAGGUUAGGAUCAAUAGAUCUGAAUUGGGAUCUGAAACCCACUUCGAGUAGCAAUCAUAUGGAUGGUGUGGACAACAGGACAGUUGGGGGAAGCACGAGACACCCUCCCGAACAGACGAAUGGUGUGCAUACCCCACCACACGUGGCCAGCGCCCUUGCAGGGGCUGUCUCCCCAGGUGCCCUGCGUCGGAGCCUAGAAGCCAUCAAAGCAAUGUCAUCCAGAGGCCCCUCAGCGUCCACAGCACUCAGUCCUCCUCUGGGGUCUUCUCCAGGCUCCCCCGGAAGCCAGAACCCGAGCAGUGGAGAAACAGUGCCCGUCCCUCGCCCAGGGCCUGCCCAAGGGGAUGGGCAUUCCUUACCUCCCAUUGCCCGCCGCCUGGGCCACCACCCUCCGCAGUCCCUGAAUGUGGGCAAACCUUUGUACCAGAGUAUGAACUGCAAGCCCAUGCAGAUGUACGUGCUAGACAUUAAAGACACCAAGGAGAAGGGGCGGGUCAAAUGGAAAGUAUUUAAUAGCAGUUCUGUGGUCGGACCUCCUGAAACCAGCCUGCACACAGUGGUACAAGGCAGGGGCGAACUCAUCAUAUUUGGAGGACUCAUGGACAAGAAACAGAAUGUGAAGUACUAUCCAAAAACAAACGCCUUGUACUUUGUGCGAGCAAAGAGAUAAUAUGUUCUAAACCCCCUUCCCUUUCUGUGGCUUUUAAUUUUCCAGUGUGCAAGCAUUUGGACUGCGAGUUGGGAAAACAAAGGACAGAAUUACCCCAUAAACCAAACCCCCAGUUCCCAGCCUCACUCACUGCAGGCUGGGGUCAAACCUCCAUUACGAAAAAAAUUAUAUAUAAAUAUAUAAAUAUAUAUUAUAUAGCCAACUGUGUUUACAGAGAGGGAGAGGUCUCCGUCCUGGUUCAGAUCAAAUUGUUGCUGUGUUUUAGCAGAGGCUCGGCUGCCUUUUUCUACAUUGCUGGUAACUAGACCAAGAAUUUAGGGAACAGACUAAUGUCAGAACGUGACCUAAGGCAACUGAAGAGCCCCCAUAAGUCCUUACGUGGCCUUCUUGGAGUUAGAGAAAGAGCGUGUGUAAGGUGCACAGGUGGAGGCUCCAGACCCACGAGCUCCAGGAGCUGGCAGGGGCAAAGGAGCCUGUAGAGAACUGUUCCUCCCUUCCCUUGAAAAGCACAGAGGACCCGAGCGGUAAUGCCCUCUGCCUGGCCCCGUUCUGCCCUCGUGACUGAGGAAGGUUACCCAGCCGGGAAUUCUUUUCCACGUGUGUGUGCCAGGAUCACCGUGAGACGAUGUUUAUGCAGACACGCCUGUCUACCUCGUGUCCACUGGUCUUUUGCGUGCUCCCUCUGUGUCUCAGAAAAAACAUUUUGGUGUCUGAUUUUGGAAUUUUCUGACAAUCGUAUUUGAUUGCAAGUUGCCAAAAACCACAUUUGUUCCCUUAAAACUUGAUCCUCAGAGGCUGCCUUUUUCUUUUCUUUUUUUUGGGGGGGGGGGCAUAUGUGGAUUUUUUUUUUUUUUAAGCCCUAAAAGCUUUCUCAUUUUCUGUUUCUCUUACAAAGCUAAGGUGCCCAGGGAAAUCUCUUAGAGAUAUUUCUUUUCUGGAACCCUUUCUCUGGGAUCACUUAGGAGGCUGGUAGGGAAUUCCAAGAUGCCAGUAUCAUGAGAAAUCCUUGAAGCAUCAAAAAAUACCGUUUUUUCCCUUUGGGGCUUGUUUUUACUUCCAGAGCACAUGGGGCCCACCCGUCCAUAUUCAUGCAAUGUGGAAAUUGAUCCUGGAAGGAAAUCCUAGUGAUAGCUCCUUCUAGAAAUGAUUUUUGCCCUUGUCGUGACAUGCGUUUUUCUGCCUGGCUGUUGAGUGGUGGUUGGGUUGAGCAUCGUGUGCUUAGCGUCUUUGCAAGGCUGACCUCGGGAGCAGCCCCUCCUUUGUGAUUGUGCUGUUCACGUAUGACACAAAUAAGGUUUGGGUUUUUAUUUCACGCCAUUUCUGAGAUAAAGUGCAACCAACUGGAGCAUGUCUUUGGUUGACAUAGGAAGUUACAAGUUUACCAAUCUUCUUGGAAGUUACCAGUCUCUAAACCAUGGGCGUAGGAGGACGUAGGAGAUGUUAGAAUAAAGUCAAAUGUCACCACUUAAAUGUGGAUUCUUGGUGAUUUCUCAUCAGUGCAAAGAGGAUUUUUACUUUGCCCUUAGGAUUUGAAUUUCAAAACAUUGCAUUUCCCAUCUUUCACACUCCCCUUUUUCUUGUUCGCAUUUCCCAAGCACAAGCCUGCUACAGCUGGCCCUGGGUCCUGGCUCUCGGCCAGCACUUAGCAGUCUGUCCGAUAAGUGUGUUUUCUCCUAUUACAUCAUGUUGAAUUCUUUCCCCUGGCCAUUAGCUUUUACACUGUGGUCUCGGUGGGAAAGCCCCUGUGGUGCCAAGCGCAGGAAGGGGCCAGCUCGCAGGGAGAGGUCUGUGUUCCAGAAACUGUUCCAUGUGCUCCCUUAGAUGAGGAAACCACCAAGCCUACUUGCUGUGGUGUGCACCUACUCACAGCUCAGCGCUUAGCUUUCCAGACUCCUCGCUCUUGGGCUGUUGCCGGUCCUUCUUUGGCAAAGACUGUUAGACCACGUGGGGUCCUUAUUCACAAGAUCAAGCAGCCUGUGAGAUUAGAUACUACACUGUUGCCAUUGCUGAACCUUGUUUAUGACGUUGCACUUGCGCAUGGACAGCAUCUCCUAACUCAGUUCCUAUUGAAAUAUAAGGUAUUUGGAAGCCUGAAAGUUCAGACUCUCAACUUGGUGAUCAUUCCCUUUGUCCUGUGGCCUCCCUAAGCCAGCUGUUAGCUUGUGGAUUCCCUCCGUUUUCCCCAAACAGGGAGGCCGUGGAGAUGAUGAUGCUCUUAGAAAGUAACCAGCUCCUCGGCACUCCGUGGCAUCCAGUAUUGUCUACACCGCUCCGAACCAGGCUGUUGACAGCUCCUUAAGAAAAAUCUGCCUCAUCCGCACCCGGUGGUGUUGGUCUCGGUGGCUCCUGGGCACUGUGGGCAGAUACCUUAGGAGAGCGACUCGACACAGUCAAGGCGAUUGUGUCCUCAGGCCCUUGUGAAGCCGCACGCGCGCGCGCUGGGACUCCAGGCGUCUCGGCUGCGGAGAGCAUUCUGCCAGCCCCCCGGGGGUGCUUCCGCCAGGUCACGUCUAACCACAACUCUGGUUUUUGACAUGACGCCAGUUUUGUCUUAAAAUUCACUGAGAAAAAGGAGACGAUUUCUUAAGCCUUCAGGACCACCUAAAUUAGCAACUAUUUAUCAGUAUUUAAGUAUUUAAAAUACAUUUUGUUUCUACUUGAAGCUUUAACCCCUUCCAUUCCUGCAAGUGUGCCUUUGUGAGCCCCAUGUCCUGUCCGCUUCAUCGGCCACCCUGCUGAGACUCUCACGUGAGAGUCUUGGUGUCUUCCUUUCCUCUUGGACGGAGCUUCCCUUUCCUCACUUUACAGGCUGGGCAGCAGAGAGGGUUCUGUGUUUGCGUUCACAUUUCUACUAACGUGGAUGGUGGGCUGCAUAAACACCCCUUCAUCCCCCCCAAAUAGUAUAUUUUAGGAGCACAAAUGAGGUGUUGAAACAAGCUUAAAUUUAGUUGUAAUACUAGGCUCACUCUCCUUCCGGCCUUCUACGGAUUGAUCUGAUUUUAAUGUUUGAGUUCUGUAUCAAGAGCUAAAACCAUGAACUAUCCUAGGAACUGUGUUGGAACUCUUUAGAGAAAAGAAGAAGAGGAGGAUGAAAGAAAACCAGCUUGAGAAGUCUUGACUUUGGAGAACAGAAAGCCACCAGCUGUUGGAGAACAGAGGGAUACUUCCUGUCCUCUGACUUUAUCUUUCUGUUUCCGUCUGCUUUGCUCUUUCCUUCCCCGUAAAAGUGAUGUUCCUGGUGGGUUUGUCCGUCUGUCCUUGUCCUUGUGGUGAUCCUGGCAUGGUGAUGUGCUCUGCUUUGCGUUGUCUGUGCUCUCUUACCAGUGCACGAGUCAGUGGGGAGGAUCUGAAUACCCCCAGGGGCAAGGAAGCCGAACUCUGAGGCCUGCAUCCCGUGCAGCCUCCCCGCGAAGUGCAGAAGGCAUGUUCUGCACGGUCAGCAGUAAGUGGCUCCCUCUCACUCUGUCCCUUGUCAAAUGAGAGCAACCCCUAGGUGUUAACUCCACCCCUGCUCUCUUUCCUUCGCUCUGCUCCCCUCCCGCCAACCAGGGUACAUGUCAGCGCACACCCAUCGUGCCCUGGCGAAGCUGGUGCUGUGAGUGAGGUUUCCCUGCAACUCAGGGGUCCCAGGUGGCUUCCCCUGAGAUGGUCAUCUUAGGCACGUAACAGUGUAGGAAUGAAAAGUGGACUUCACUAAUAUCUAAAUCUCUGUCUGUUUCACUUUUUGUUAAGGUUUUCCCUGAUGACUUUUUAGCAAUUUAACAAAUAAAACAAAAUGGACAGAA